UUUUAAUUAAAUUACGCACCAUUUUGGUCAUAUUUCUGGGCAUAUUAUUAGAUUCCUACACCGUAAUUAAAGGCUUUUGUACUCAAAAGUACAAAUCUCAUCUGCUCCUUUUGACAAUGCUUUUGAUCAAAAAUCUCUCCCUUUUCCCCUCAUGCCAGCUGAGAUUUUACAAUAAAUUAAUUUAUUUUAAAAAAAACUAUGCAAAAUAUUCCGUAAAUUUUAGUUUUGGUACUUCCCGUAGCACCUCCCCUAACCCUGACAACACAUCACACACUAGGGCUAAGAAUGAAGAUAAAACAACUAAUACUAGGACCACUAAGCGCAAAUCAAAAAACAAUAAUUUAAGUAGUAUUAAAGUAGGUGGAAAUGAUCUAAAAGGUGUUGGAGUGGAGUAUAACAAACUCUAUUACGAGUGUAUGAACGAAAUAUACGAUAGAAGGUUUGAAAUUCACAAUAUUAAAGAGUCCAAGACUAUCCAAGAUUUAACAAAACAGGAAUAUGACAUACUUAACAAAGUUUUUAAUAGGGUAAAUAACGCCUCAAUGUUUUCUAAAUCUACUUCUAACACACCAAAUCCUUCAGUGAAGAGCAAACAGUAUGGUAACACAGGAAUAAGUCCUUAUUGGGACCCAUUUAAGAAUAUCAAGAAUUUAAAAUUACAAAUCAUUUCAGAAUAUAACCAAUUAAAAAGAUUAGUUGAUAAUGUAAAACUGUAUAAAUUUAAACAAGCAGUUAAUUCUCUCUCAUCCUCUGGGAUAAACUUUGGACAUACUGAUGCGUCAGAUAAUAAAGUUAACGAAGAUAGUGAGAGUAUGUAUAUAAAGAACGAGAACUUUUGGGAUCCCGAUCGUAAUAAACGGUUAAUUUUAAAUAACAAUAAUAAACCCUUUUCAUUUCACGAUUUACAUGUAUUACACAAUUUUAUAAGUCAAGAUGGCCAGAUAUUACCGAGAAGGAUAAAUAUGACAACACGCAAACAACAAAUACAGAUUUUUAAGGCUAUUAAAAUCGCAAGAAACUUGGCACUCUUCCCAUAUAACAAUAAACCCUCAUAUCAUAAUCAAAUUCCACUCAUCAAUCCCAUAGAAUAUAUGUACAAUGAGCUGUUUUACAAAUAUAAGAAUGAAAAUGACUUGAGAUGUAAAACGAUGAUACAAAUUUUACAGAACAAAUACCCAAAUAUUAACUAUCACAAGUAUUUGAAAUAUGAGUUUACUAGGAAUACCCAAUUUCCCUACAAAAAUGAGAGCUAA